CAGACCCAGAGCGAAGAUGGUGGCCAAGCAAGCAAGAUACCACACAAUGCCUAGUUCAACAGGAUUCACUAGUCUUAUCCUUUUAUUAGCCAGAGCCGUCCUCUGGUGGAUGAUUGCUACAACUCUUCCAGCAGCUUGCCAUGGCACAGGAGGCCGGGACGAUGUCAUGAGCUUUCUCUACCCGUCGUUCACGGACAUCGGCUCCCAGUUGAGGUUCUCCUGGGACGCCGGUGUCCUCGACGGCGCCAUCCACCUCACCGCCGACGAUACUUAUCAGCCACCGGUUCAGUACCCUCCCGACGGGAGGAGGUCGGCAGGACGUGUCAUCCUUUGGGCGGGUCCCCCUCAAUACGAGGACAAUAGAUACAUCAACCACGGCGACGGCGAGGCAUCUUUUAACACCAGCUUCACUAUGAGCAUCAGCCGCUCGCCAGCCGCCCAAGGCGACGACGAUGGAGGCCUUCUCUUGGAGGUGCUGCCUUCUUCUUUCAUUACUGAUGGCUCCUACUACCGGAGCAUCUACUACUACUCCAUGGCUAGGACGACAACAAGCUCCAACAUCUCCGUAGAGAUCGGUGCGUUGGAGUUGCAGUAUGACGUGCAAACGACAUUCGGCGUCCGCGAGAGAAGGACAAGCGGCGUGUACGUCUCCAUCGCGCCGGCCUGGACGAUGCCGGCGGCAAAUCACACCGUCUGGGUUUACUACGACAACGUUGGGCACAACCUCUCGGUUUACGUCGACGACGGGGGCAAGCCCAAGCCUGCCCAAGCCACGCUUCACGUUCCCCUCGACAUCGACGACAUAAUCGGAACGGGUGAUUUCUACAAAUAUUUCGGUUUGUUUGCCUCCAAGAACAGGUCGUUGCCCUCUUGCCAGCCGGUAAUUUAUAGCUGGAACGUGACGGUGGACAGGCUCAUAAUGCCCACAUUCGAAGCAGAAGCAGAGCAUCAUCAUGCUCGACGGAGCUGGAUCUUAGCCACCAUUGUUCUGUCCUCGGUUCUUGUGGCAGCUGCAGCAGCUAUUGUUUUCGUGGCGUGGAUGUGGAGCCGCUGGGCCUCAUGGUACAGGGCUCUCGUCAUGAAGCUGAAGCUGGCCAGGGCGCUGCGGCGCCUACCGGGGAUGCCAAGGGAGUUCAAGUUCUCCGACGUCAAGAAGGCCACCAAAAACUUCCACGACACUAACAGGCUCGGGAGUGGAGGCUUUGGCGCCGUGUACAAGGGGAAAAUACAGAUUGCCGCCACUAACACCAGUUGGCAAGAGGGACGGCGACGACAGCGGCGACGAUACGUCGAGGUAGCUGUGAAGAAAUUCACACGCAAGGAGGACCAUGGCUACGGCGACUUCCUGGCGGAGGUCGCCAUCAUCAACCGCCUCCGCCACAAGAAUAUCGUUCCUCUCUUGGGUUGGUGUUACGAGAAUGGAGAGCUACUACUUAUCUACCAGUACAUGUCAAACGGUAGCCUGGACCAACAUCUUUUCCGGCACCGGCAGGAACACGGUCGUCCAGCUCUCCGGUGGGAGACACGGUACAACAUAGUGGUGGAUGUCGCCGCCGCUCUCCACUACGUUCACCACGAGUACGAGCGCGUGGUGCUCCACCGCGACAUCAAGGCGAGCAACAUCAUGCUCGACGCCAGCUUCAACGGCCGCCUCGGCGAUUUCGGCCUCGCCGGCCUGGUGGACGACAUCGACAAGAACUCCCUCACCGACCUCCCUGUCGCCGGAACAUGGGGCUUCAUCGCGCCAGAGUACCCUGUCAGCCACAAGGCCACGCGCAAAACCGACGUCUAUGCUUUCGGGGUGCUCAUCCUCGAGGUCGUUACCGGCAAAAGGUCGCUCGGCGAGGCGAGCACCGAGUUCCAGCUGCUGACUGACUGGGUGUGGUGGCUUCACGGGGAGGGGAGGCUGCUGGAAGCCGUGGAUGAUGACCUCACUGAUCUCUCUGCCACGCGUCAAGUGGAUGCUGACGUUUCCACCCGGUUGCUUGAUGCUGUGGAGGAUUUGGGCGGCGGUGAUACGGGCACUGGCGCCGGAGGAGACAAGUUCUAUGCCGCCGAUGACGCCAUCCGGUUGCUACUCCUUGGUCUGGCGUGCACCAAUCCCAACCCAUCAGACCGGCCAAGUACGGCCGAGCUAGUCCAGGUCAUCGGGAAAAGAGUCGCACCACCGGUCGUGCCGCUGGUUAAGCCACCGUUCGUGUGGCCGCCAGAAGGAGAGCUCCCGCUGCUGGAGGAGGAUGACGACAUGGAGCUGGAUGAGGAAUUAGUGGACAUGAGCCAUCAGGACGAGGAACCUGACCAAAGCCACGCAAGGGCACUGAGCCGUGAGGGCUUGACGCUCAGCAUCGGGUCCUUGUCCUUGGAAAUCAUGGUGUGCAGGUCUCGUCGAUCGCUUCCAUGAGACCGAUACUAAUAGAAAUUUUACAUGUUUGGAGAAGCGUUGGGAGAUGUUUAACGUGUCUAUGAUUCAUGAACCCAAUAUGAAAGAAGGCGUUGAGAGACGUCAAUGAGAAGACGUCGGGAGACAUUAGAUGUGUCUAUGGUCGGUGGGCUUAUAUGUGACGUAACGCCUCCCAACGCCUCUCAAUGCCUCUAAAAUUAAGAGGAUUAGAAAUUCAUGGCAA